AUGGCCCACGAGAAGAGAUUGUCAACCCAUCGCGUGACGGAUGAGGAUCUAUUCAACUAUGUAUUGCGUGUAGCCCUGCUCAGUCAUGUCAUGCAACCGAAACCGAUAGAAUCACCGUCGGUAGUGACUCGCGAACGCGACCGGGAUAGCAUUCAUUACUCGCGAAUAUCCGAUGCCAUUUCAAAUUUCUCCAUAGGCGACUUGUUUAAGGACGUACGGGAUGGACCCAAGACCGUCAAAUACCCAGAGAAGUUAUUGAAGGUACUCGAGCAGAAGUUGCAAGAUGUGGCAAUGGGUAAAGAUCCAACAUAUUCGGACCAACUAGUACGGAGGACAAUGGCCGCAUUCUGGAACCAAUUCAUGGCCGAUAGUUUCAAGCGAUCGCUGAAGGAGAGCCGAAAUCUAGAGGAACUCAUACUGAAGUAUGCUGCCCACGCGACAGGUGUGCUUAAGAAAGAACCCACACUCGCUGGCGAUGGUUGGAAGAUCGAGCUCAACAAUCAAAUAUCACAAUUUCUCAAACUUCUUCGGGAUUGCUUGCGCGGAAUGCACCUGGUUCCGGGCGAACUCCUCAUUCGCUUAGAUGUAUACGUUUCCAAGCUGGCCCCUCCCCAUCCCUCAAGCGAUUCGGGAUAUGAUUCUGCCUCCACGUCCCGCGAUCGGGACUCGGUGUUUUCUCCCACCGUUCCUGCUGCUCGCGUUGAUGAUAUGCCUCUCGUGAAGACUGUUGCUGCAUUGUUCAAGUUGCCUGAACAUGCAGUCCAAAAGGAGGUUGACCAACUGAAACCAAUCGUUACACAAAAGGCUGCACUCACUGACCUCAAAACAUGUUUAAAGAAUAUCAACGCCGGACUACCUUUUCCCGGUCAUCGGGAUGACUUCGGGAGCGAUGCUGCUUGGCAACACUGGAAAACAUUAGAAACAACCCAUCUACAGCAACUCGUCGUACAAAUGGUGCAAACCAAUCCAGAACUCGCGAAAUCUUCUUCCUCCGAUUCAACAUCCUAUACGUCACCUAAUGCUGCUCGACCAGGUUCCCUAUAUUCGAAUUAUGAUAUCCCCGUUGGUCGAAACCCUUCGAUUGGGAGCCGGUACUCCUUAUACGACGUUGCUGCUGAUGACGGCGAGGAUGAUGUGCCUUUAGGCCAUAAUUUCACGUUCAUUCCCCCUAACCCAAAGAAGUAUUAUCGCCGACUAGUAGAGUAUUGCUUAAUCUCCGAUUUAGAGGUGAUGAUGAGCCCCGAGGUCGACGACAAUGAUGAAGUUUCGCUUGGGAUACUCUCGGCAACUCACAUCGACCUCAUCAGCGAGUGCGCCUUGCGAUGGCGUAUAGGCCACACAUACCGUGCGGCUUGUUUCCUCGAUCUCGUGAAACAAUUUUACGAACGAAACGAUGUACCAUUGGAGUGUAUUCCUGAGGCAAUACAGGGUAUUGUCAAAGUCAUCAGCGAAAUCGACGUGGAAAGCUGGCCGAUCCAAGACGCCGAAUUCCUCACCAGCACUUACGGCGCUUUAUUCAAUAUAUUCCUCUCCUCGUUAUACCACGCCAUGGACGCUCUCCCAAACCUCAAACGUGCCGACGUAGAGCAAUAUCUUUCUAUCCUCGAACACGUACGCGAUAGUGGCCUCCUAGAGCGGUUUGACGUAGAUGUAGGCGCACGAAUCACCGACGUCGAGGAGCGGAUACGGCACGUAGCGGCGCACUUCUACGAAUCUAAGAUGCAGGAGUUCCAGUCUGCGCCUGGUGUGAACAGGGCCCUUCCUCUCUUGCUCAUGACGGAUGAAUUAGAGAAGACAGCAAAGGCACUUGACAAGCGAUUUCCAGAUCCAUUGCUUGGGCGCAUUGACAUUGUUUCACUGGUCCUAGAUGUUGGAAUCCCUCAUUUCGUUACGGACUUGCAGAACUCCCAAAGACGACUCUUUGAAUCUUCCAUGAACGGCCCAACUCCCGACGUCCCUAUUCAAGAUAUAUUUUCACUAUAUCGAAGGACGAAGCUACUAUUGGGAAUGUACCAAGCAUUUUGUCCGAAGGGAACAUUGGAAUUCAACUUCGCUUCGUUCUUCGAGCCCUAUGUCCGUCAAUGGUUAGCCAACACAGAUAAUACAACCGAGCAAUGGGUUCAAGCAGCAAUUGCUGCCGAUAAGUUCGAAGCUGAGGCCACAGAAGGCCACAGUUCUUCCAUUGUUGAUCUCUUCGAGUCACUUCGAAGUCCAAUUAGUUUCCUCCAAGACCUUGAAUGGUCCGAUGAGUACCAGGAAGCUAGAUUCUUUACCAGUUUGGCUAAGACCGUUUCAAGAGCUGUUGAGCAAUACUGUCGGAGCGUCGAGGAAUUGUUUAUGACGGAAAUGUUCCCUCGCCCGAAUGACUACAUCCAACCCCAGAAGUCAUCGGCUUGGCUCGAAAAGGCCAGACAAUUGGCCGUCACCGGUGAAAAGAAAGUGGAGCCCUUCAACUUCCGACCCGAGUCCUGUGUGAAACUCAACAACGUUGAAGCCGCCCGCAGACUGCUCGAUAACAUGUACAACCAGAUUCAGGUGGACAAGAUGGCGGAUACUUUGGAGAGACUGGCCCCGCCGGUCCCGGAGAAAGUUGAACACCCGAGAUUUUUGUUUGCCGUGAAGAUUGUAAUGGCAGAGGGUCUGGUACCGUUGGAGAGCAGCCCGUCAGCAAAGCUGGACACAUUUAUAACCCUCAGCGAUGAACAAGGCAACAGACUAGCAAAGACGAGAACGAUUUACGAAUCACUAAACCCUCGAUGGGACGAAACCUUCGAUCUAUCCGUCGAGAAACCGCUUUGGCUUAUGUUGAGCGUCCGAGAUCGUGCCUUGAUAGGUAAACAUGACACUGUCGGUCGUGAUUACUUGUGCUUGGAUCCACGACGAUUCGGUGAUUACCUUGUGCACGACCUCUGGCUAAAGCUAGAUACACAAGGCCGAGUUCUUGUUCGAAUAAGCAUGGAGGGCGAGAAGGACGACAUACAGUUUUAUUUCGGACGUGCCUUCCGGUCACUUAAACGUGCUGAAGGUGAUAUGGUCCGAAUAUUCAUUGACAAGAUGUCACCGUUCAUCCAACAAUGUGUUUCUCGUCCAGUCCUCAAGGGCUUGAUUAAGUCCGGUAGUCUCGGCUUGGAUUACAAUAAGGCUUUGGGCGGCGUAACAUCACUGUAUCGACAGGCGGUGGGCGCCUCAGCCAGUGAGGUGCAAAUACCAUUGCCCCAGGACGAGAAACCUCGGAUUCGCCCGGAAGAACUCACUGAUGUAGAGAUCGAACAAGCGAUAUUGCCGCUCUUUGACUAUUUUGACGCCAACCUCCAGACAUUGAAUACCUACCUUAGUGACACCACGAAGGAAAUGGUCAUGACGAGGGUUUGGAAGGAAGUCCUCAAUGUCAUCGAAGGAUUGCUCAUCCCUCCACUUUCGGACGCGACAAGUGACAUGAAGCCCCUCAGCGACAAGGAGGUAGACAUCGUCUUCAAGUGGCUGAAGUUUCUUCGGGAUUAUUUCCACGCGGGGGGUGAGGGUCCUGUGCCGUUGGAAGUCUUGCAGAACCAGAAGUAUCGCGACAUUGUGUCCAUCCGGCUAUACUAUGAUUGGCAUACGGAUGCUCUCAUGGAGGAAUGUGUUCGAAUGAUGCAACAAAGCCUACGGACGCUGCCUUCAAUGAAGAAACGAGCAAAGAGUGUGUACCAGCAACGAAAUCUAGGGACAAUCAAACAGCGCAAGAAGGUCAAGCAAGAAGAGAAAGAAGUAGGCAACGGCGAGACCAUCAUGAGAAUCCUACGCAUGAGAUCCGGAACGUCGGAUUUCAUUGCGCAACAACUCCAAAUCAUGGCAGCCAUGCAGGCAGAACAAGAGCAACGCGCUAAGGACCUGGAGCGCAGAAAAUUGCAGAGGCCUCUUUCUUCAAGACGAGAACAGCUACCGUCCGUCCCCCCCCUUCCUCAGUAA